CUUCUUAGAUGUUUAAACCAUAACCAAAACAAUGGUCGCCUGCUAAGUCUUCAAAACAAGAGCUCGUUUGAUAUAAAUUUUGUCAACGAAAAGGUACCAAAUUUGAUGUAAAAUCUGUUAUACUGAAUGAUAAUUAGCAAAUAUAUAACAAAAUCUGCUGAUGUAACAGGACAUAAUGUCGCACAAUCCAUGUAAAACUUGUUAAUAAUCUGACAUAUUAGGUUAUGUAAGGCUAUAUCAAUAAGCUUGCUCGAUUUUGUGUACAAUUUGCUUUCACAUUGAGUGCAUUCUGUUUUGCGCUUACAGUGCUUGUAAGCAUCAUUUUUCCUUAUCUGAUAUUUGAUAGACAACAAGGAUAAACUGGUAUUUAUACAGUGUCAGCUUGAAAACGCAUUCUUAAUGUAGAUACAUUUAAUAUCAAUUUAUUGAAUAUUUUGUAAUUUGUUGAUUAUUUUGUGAUUUUGUUGACUGAAUAAGUGACUUUAAUAUUCACUUUUUUUGUUGAAUAUAAUAUUAUGGCUAAAACUAAAAAGACGCAAAUAAAAAAAUGUGCUGAGAGUUGGAACACAGAGUCCAUGGAAGCUGCUCUUAAAGCAGUUGAACGGAAUAAGCUCUCACAGAGAGCUAUUUGCGAAAGGUAUGGAAUUCCUCGUAGGACUUUGCGUAAUCAUAUGAAAUCUGGCACAUCUUUAAAGCGUAUAACACGGAAGAGCACUCUUACUAUAGAGCAAGAGAAAGAUUUAUCACGGAUUUUGCGAAUGGCAGAUACUGGCUUACCUAUAACUUUGAAAAUGUUAAAAUAUCAGGUAUACAAGUUUUGCACAUUACAUGAAAUUCCUUAUACGUUUAACACUAUUGCGUGCACAGCAGGCAGAUCAUGGCUUACAGCAAUUCUGAAACGUAAUCCUGAAAUUUCGAAAAGAAAGGCACAAUUUAUGAACCAAGGUCGUGCUCAAAAAUUGAACAAAUUUAUUAUAAAAAACCACUUUGAAAAGCUUAAUAACCUUUUGACAGAGCUAGAUAUAAAAUUUAAGCCGGAAAGGAUUUUCAACAUGGACGAAAAAGGCUGUAGAUUGACGAUGCAUCAUCAACCAACUGUUUUAGCUCAAAAAGGUGCUAAACGAGUCCGCUUCAUCGCAAACGAACAUGCUGAAAAUGUCACUGUAGUUGGUUGUGUGUCAAUUAUACACUCAGAAAAAAGUUUUGUUGAUACAUGAUCAACAAAAAGUUUUUCGUUGU